AUGGGUAGUUUGUCAUAUGUGCAACCAGAGAAAAAGGAGAUAGCCUGUGAUAUUCGUCAGCUAGCCAGCUUGGGAGUUCGGUUGAUAGAUUCAGGUGAUGGAGGAGUUACAGUUCAGGAUACAGCGACGUCAUCCUUAGUAGCUGAAAUAAAAGAACAUCAGUACGAGGAUCCUAUUUUGGUGCAUUAUCGAGAUACAGCUCCUCAGAAAGAAAAGAGACCCUUCGUGAUCAUAGGAGGUGGAAUACUUAGGUAUCGAGAUAGAUUAUGUGUUCCUAAUAUUGCAGAUCUUCCAAGACAAGGUAGAGCAUCAGAAGCCCGGAGGCUUAUUGCAGGCUAUAGAGAUUCCGAAAUGAAAAUAGGAGCUGAAGAUUAUGCGAAGCUGUACCUUAAAGAGAUUGCACGACUCCAUGGUAUUCCUACAGCCAUUAUCUCAAACAGAGGGGCACAGUUCACCGCUAACUUCUGGAGAUCUUUUCAGAAUGGGUUGGCGACUCAGCUGGUGCUUGCUCUGGGCUAUCCUCUAUGUGCUUCAAUCCAAGCGAUUGAGACUGGCUCCAAGUAUCACAUGAGGAAGCUAGUCACAUAUUGGACCAUCUUUUCCUUUAUUUCUCUGUUUGAGCACGUAUUUGAGAAGCUUAUUGAAUGGGUUCCUCUGUGGCCAUAUAUAAAAUUAAUAACCAUAUGUUGGUUGGUGAUAUCGCAGUUUAAUGGUGCAUGUUAUCUUUAUCAAAAUCUCAUUUGUCCAUGUUUUCCGGUUAAACUGCACGAUAGUAUCAGGCAGUUUAGUGAUUCUUGUUAUGUUUACCAAUGCCUUCUAUAUGUGUGCUUGUCUGUCAACCUCCAAACUGUCACUGACUGGUUUAACAAGCCAAUGGAGGAUCCAUCUCUCAAGAAUGAAACAUUUCUGGCUGUGGCAGAGAGGUAUCUUCAAGAAAAUGGAUCUGAUGCUCUCGAGAAACUUAUUGCAAAGAAGUCCAAGGAUUAUAUUUCGGAUCAUCAUGCAGAAGGGAUCAAGCCAACUUCGGAUUAUAUUUCGGAUGCUAGUGCUGAAGAACGAGCCCUUACCACCAACCAGACAGAACGUGAAGGGAGUGGUCUUGUUUGGGAAGAUAUCACAGUGAUGGAGGAUAUGGCAAAACAUGAAGCAGCUGAGCCCAAACAGGUUAAAAGUGUGAAGGAAAAUCCAAUUCAGAUUGAGAAGAAAACGACAGGAGUGCUGGUCAAGGAAAUGGUAAUUCCAGCAAAUACUGAAGAGAUUAGAAGAGAUUAAACUUCCAGAGAUUAUAUCUUUAAAGCAAGUUCAGACAGAGUGGACUUGUGCAGUAUGUCAAAUGACAGCCCCUCGGAGCAAAACCUGAAGUCCCAUCUUAACGGAAGGAAACAUAAAGCAAAGUGUGAAGGGCUGAAAACUUGCAUGCAAACGGCCAAAAGGGAAGGAAGCUCACCUGUUACAACAAAGUCAAAUCAGCUUAAUCAGGAGCAAGUAAAACAUGCAGCUGCAGCAGGAUUGAAGCACUGUGCUAAUGAAGCAGCUGAGCCCAAACAGAGAGAAUGUGAAGGGAGUGGUUCUGUUUGGGAAGAUAUCAAAGUGAUGGAGCAUAUGGCAAAACAUGAAGCAGCUGAGACCAAACAGGGAUAUCCAAUUCAGAUUGAGAAGAAAACGACAGGAGUGCAGAUCAAGGAAAUGGUAGUUCCAGCAGAUGCUGAAGAGAUUAAACUUCCAGAGAUUACUUCUUCAAAGCAAGU